AUGGCAGAGGCACUCCUCAAUCAAGCUCACGGCUAUGGCAUCAUCAUCGGUCUUUCCAUCUUGUUUUGCCUUAUCAUCCUCGCUGCCAUCCGAGUACAAAAACGAUACCUGUCCGAGGACAGCGAGCAAUCCGAAAUGUUCAUGGUUGCCAAUAGGUCUGUGGGCACCGGCUUGACCGCGUCUGCUGUUUUCUCGAGUUGGUAA